GGGUCACUUAAGCUCUCUGACACUUCUGCUUUGAGAGGCUCAUUUUGUACGACGCGCCAUCCAUGUUUUAGCGGCAGCAAAACUGAAAAAAAAAAAAAACUCUUAAGUUUCCACACAGGAGCUUCCGUUGAGAUACUUUAACGUUAAAUCCGUUAAGUAUUUGUUUUCUGUGUGAGGGCAGCUCGAAAAAAGGAAAGCGAAUUAUCCACUUAGCUAAUUGGUAGCUAACUGUUAGCCUGUGACGUUGUUAGCUAAAACAACAGCCGCGGAGGAAUUAGACAGCCUGUUUAUGUUUUCGCCACUUCAGAGACAUGUUGGACGGAUCUACCGCUUACGGCGAUGAAGCCAACAUCGGCAACGUCGAAAAUAACAACCCGAUAUCGCUGAUUUCCAGCAGCGAUGUGACGAACAAAACGAAGCAGGUUCUGCUGAAGAAAGGCGGAAGGAAGCUGCGGAACGCAGUGCCGCUGCAUCACCACAAACCCCCGAGAAACUGCCCCAACAGCCGCUUGUCGGACCACCACCACCACAACAACAACACCCUGACGGCCUCGACUGGUCACAGACCCACAGCUCAGGGCGGAACCGAGCCCGGAGAGACCGUGCUCACCCUCCAUCCCCUCAAACAUGGAGUCAGGAAAGAGCUGCUGAAAUUCAAAGGUGGCAGAUUGGAGCGAGGGGCUGCACAACCAGGGAGUCAAGCUAACCGGAACCUGCCUAAGCAUGAUCAGACCAACCAUAAUGUGAACACCAGGAGCCACAAACCCAAGCAGAGCCAAACACCUGGUGCUGUUCACCCCACAAGGAAGAAAGAUAACAGCACACCGAAUAAACCCACCUCCGUCCAUCAGGCUCAAGAGCAGAAAAAGCCCCUCCACCCCUCCAACAAUGUAAAGAUUGUGAAUGCACCGCCUGCUGAAGCUGCACCUGAAUACCUCAAAGAUGGUGAGAAGGUCUAUGCUGGAGCUAAGUUCAGUGAGCCACCCUCACCCAGUGUCUUACCGAAACCGCCCAGCCACUGGGUCGGCGAAAAUGAGCCUGUUAAGAGCAACCAAAGCCGGGAGCAAAUGACUGUUCAUUUGAAGUCACUGCUGAAGGUUCAGGAUGCAUCAUGACCACAAUUUGGAGUUUCAAAUCGGAGCUGACCUACAGUGUCUGAUAUGCGAUUAACCUUUAAUACCCACAAUUGGAAAAUUAAAAUGGAAAGUUAAAUGUAGUUUGGCCCUUUUAACACACUGCAAUACAAUGUAGGGAGUUUUAUUCACUGUAGUACAAUUUCCCAUUAACCAACAUGCUGCCUGCAUUUGUGAACAUUUUUGCACACGUUGUGUUGUUGCUGGAAAUCUGACUGACAUGCUGUGUAUGUCAGAUGUUUAUCAGAUACUUCCUGACUUCUGGUAAGCUGAUGAAUGACUGAAAGGUUUUUUGUUUUUGUUACCCAGUUAGUGAGAUUGUGCGAAAGUGGUCUGAAGUCGCCUCCAGCAGCAAAACAAUCAGUGUCUGAUGUUUACGUCAUGCAAAGUGAUGACGGCACUUUCUUUGUGAACACUUUGGAAAUGGCAGCCAUGUGUUUUGACUUUUUAAAGCACUUGUGUAAAUGUACAUAAUCUAUUGUAAACACACAUUUGUGUAUAUUUUUCUUGUUAUUUUAACUGAGAUUCUAGUUUUGUUACCGAGGUUUUUCCAGAAAAGAGAAAAAAAAAAUAGUCCCCCUGCAAACUGAGGCACUUUGUUACAGCUUCAUCAGCAUGAGGCACAGUGGAUGUAAGAGACUGUUUUCAGUGUAAAUCAGGAAGGGCAGGACACCUUGUUUUGAUGUUCCAAAGCUUGACCAGCCACUUUGAUGAAUUCACCAGCCAGCUUAGAGCACAGGAGAGGACUUCCACGUUCUGGCUGUGUACCUUUCAAAAGGCUUGGAAAGUGGACUAAUCAAAAAUGGGUCAGGGGGCAUGACCUUAAGUUACAGCUGCUAGCUGAAGUUCUUUCCCUUCCCUCAACACGGGUCCAGCUGGUGGAGAGUCGAGAGUCAAAUCAGGGACUGUGAAGCUGACGGGGCUGUUGAAGCCUCAGUGAACGCAAGAUAAUGACGAAGAUGUGAAAAGUCGCACAAACCAGCUGCUGCAGAAAGCCAGUAUCCUGCAUCCACACCAAGUGCUUUUUCUUUUCUUUUUCAUUUAUUGCACUGACGUAAAAAGUGUGUACACUUUAAGUUUGCUUUUUCUUUGUGUCCACCGAGCACUUAGCCUUUUUUUUUUUGUUUUCUUCUUAAUUUUUGUUUUUUAUCCCCACACCAGAAAAGUAAUGUUUACAAAAUGGUAUCUCAAGUACGUCUACACAUUAAUGUUUCAGGGACUUCAUGGCAGUAAAAUUAAAAUAACAUUUUUUUUUUUUUUUUUUUUUUUUUUGACAAUCAGGGAUGUAAAAUGUUGUUAUAAUGAAUCAGUAACUCAGCUGUCCUCAUUUUUGUAUGAAAUGCCAGGAUAAGAGUGAGUUGAUUAAAUAAUUUGUUUUGAAUUCAUGAUAUUGAAAAAAAUCCCCAAACAUUUGUUUCUUCUACCUCCUGAAAUCUUCUAAAGACAUUUUAUUGUCUCUCUCGCUUUUGAAUUUGUAAAUUUGUAAAUUGGAUGUUGAGCUACUAUCAGACAUUUUAUCCAUGGAUGAAUUGGUCAUUCCUGCAGCCUCAGUCACUGGGAAUGAUUGAUUUGUACUAUUAUGUGGUAAUAGAGGCAGGUAAACAUGCAGUAAGUGAGGAUGUCUAAAUGAGGAGAGAACAGAGUCACAGCAAUGUUUGUGUGCUAUGUGUUAUUUGCUGAAUAGAAAAAAAGAACAAAGUAAGUUGAAAAGAGAUUUAUUUUUAAAGUUUAGCUUUUUCAGUGAAAACAAGGACAAAAAGGAGAAAUCGCUGUUGUACACACACAUCACAAUGUUUCCACACUUUAACUUUUUACAGAUGUGUAAGGCUCACUUGGACAUAGUCAAGUAUUUUUUUUUUUUUCUUUUUGUCUGACUUGUUUUUUUUUUUUUUCCUAAAGGGGACUUGAUUUU